AAAAUAAAUAGAAAAAUGGUGAUGUUCAUUGUCUAUAAAAGGAAAACCACUCAUCUUCGGACUACAUCCACAUUUGCUCUCCACUUCACCGUAUUACAACUUACCCGAGUUCAAGAAGCCAUGGCCUCUUACCGGUGCACCAUGUUUGCUUUCAUGAUUGCUAUUUCCUUUUCAACCUUGGACAUCACAUUCGCAUCACUUCCAUCUCUACUCCCAGGAAUCCCACAAAUUGGAGUUCCACCUGUCGGAGUCCCACCCAUACAAGUUCCACCUAUAGGAGUUCCACCUAUAAGAGUUCCACCUGUACAAGUUUCACCAAUAGGAGUCCCACCUAUACGAGUCUCACCUGUACAAGUUCCACCUGUACAAGUUCCACCUGUACAAGUUCCACCUGUACAAGUCCCACCUGUAGGAGUCCCACCUGUAGGAGUCCCACCUGUAGGAGUCCCACCUGUAGGAGUCCCACCUGUAGUAAUCCCACCUGUAGUAAUCCCACCUGUGGGAGUCCCCCCUGUGGGAGUCCCGCCUGUGGGAGUGCCACCUCCUGUGGGAGUGCCACCUCCUGUGGGAGUGCCACCUGUGGGAGUGCCACCUGUGGGAGUGCCACCUGUGGGAGUGCCACCUGUGAGAGUCCCACCUGUGGGAGUCCCACCACUGCCUCUAGUCCCACCUGUGGGAGUCCCACCACUGCCUCUAAUCCCACCACUGCCUUAAUCUGAUUGUCAUAGUUAUAUUUGCCCAAUCUUCCUAAUAUCCAAGAUUCUAGUUGGAUUUGGAUUGGAUAUUGGGUAUCUGUCAAUCGCUACAUGCUUUGCUUGAAUUUCAAUAAGUGAUUUAUAUAAUGAUCGCAUAAAUGAUGUAACUUGUAUGUUUUUUGAAUUUGAAUUUCUUUCUCAGUGUUCCAUUUUCGCUUUUGAAUAUUUGUAUUUCCGUUGCACCUCUGCAUUACUUCAUGCAGUGCAUUUGCCUAGAGUCGACAGACUCAUUACUAUGGAAUGGAUGUGUUUGAUCAUAAA